CCAUAAUCAUUUGUAUCAUACGGUACGGAUACCUCCCCAGCCAGAAGCCUGGUUAAUUUCUAAGCCCCGCCCUAGUUUUCAUCUGUGUGUGAAUCUGGGAUUGCUUUGCCAAAGCUAUGUAAGUUUGGCGUUGGAUUGUUGCGUAAAAGAGCCCUCCGGGCAGUUGCAUGCAAAUUGCGGUGGUGGAGAAAUGGCGUUGAAGAAGGCAUGUGAGGCGUUCUCCAAGGGGUUGAUGGAGGAGGUCCACAAAUGGGGAUGCAUGAAGCAGAACGGGGUCAGCCUCAGGUACAUGAUGAAGUUCGGCUCCAGGCCCACCGAUAGGAAUCUGCUGAUUUCGGCCCAGUUUCUGCAUAAGGAGCUCCCAAUAAGGAUCGCCCGGAGAGCUAUCGAGCUUGAAAACCUCCCUUAUGGAUUGUCCGACAAACCUGCCGUUUUGAAGGUGCGAGAUUGGUACUUGGAUUCUUUCCGUGAUCUGCGAUCUUUUCCUGAGAUCAAGAAUACAAAUGACGAAAACGAUUUUACACAAAUGAUCAAGGCAAUUAAGGUGAGACACAAUAAUGUUGUUCCCAUGAUGGCAUUGGGUGUCCAACAGUUGAAACAAGGCAUUGAUCCAAAGAUAGUUCAUGAGGAUCUUGAUGAGAUACAUCAGUUUUUGGAUCGAUUUUACAUGUCCAGAAUCGGAAUUCGUAUGCUUAUAGGACAGCACGUGGAGUUGCACAAUCCAAACCCUGCUCCUCAUUGUGUGGGUUAUAUACAUACAAAAAUGUCUCCAGUAGAGGUGGCACAAUGUGCCAGUGAAGAUUCGCGUGCUAUCUGUUGCCGAGAGUAUGGCAGUGCACCUGAAGUUAUAAUCUUUGGGGAUCCCAGUUUUACAUUCCCAUAUGUCCCAACGCACUUGCAUCUCAUGGUAUUUGAGCUAGUAAAGAAUUCUUUACGUGCUGUUCAAGAGCGUUUCUUAGACUCAGAUAAAGUCGCACCACCUAUUCGCAUAGUAGUUGCUGAAGGAAUUGAAGAUGUUACCAUCAAGGUUUCAGAUGAGGGGGGUGGCAUAGCAAGGAGUGGGCUUCCCAAAAUUUUCACGUACCUAUAUAGCACUGCUAGGAAUCCACUGACUGAGAACUCGGAUCUCGGAACUGGUGAUGUCGUGACAAUGGCAGGGUAUGGAUAUGGGCUCCCAAUAAGCCGCUUAUAUGCUCAGUACUUCGGAGGAGAUCUCCAAAUCAUCUCUAUGGAAGGAUAUGGAACUGAUGCAUAUCUCCAUUUAUCUCGUUUGGGAGAUUCUCAAGAACCUCUGCCAUGAAUUCAUCCUGCAGUGCAGAGUGCAGGCAGAAAAUCGGACAUCCCUGAAGUUCUUCUAAUCAAUUAGUACAUUUGUCAUCAAGGUGACACGUAUUUUUAUCGUAUUUUAGAUGGACAGUUUAUUGUGUUCUCUUCUAUAAUGUUCCAUGAGUAAAUAAACCGUUUGCUCACAUGCUUUUGAGCCUGAGGAAUCUUCCACAUUUUGUCACCAA